GAAGGAACUGGGAGAAUUGUGAUGUGGAACUUGGGAAUUUUGAACAGCUUCACUAUGGAGGUAAUUCUGCGUGUCGUUUUUUUUAAUGUUUUGCAUGCUAGUCCACGCUGCGGCGAGACGUUUCUACAGUGAGUAGUGUCUGUGUGAGCUGUCUGCUAUUACUCGACGUACAGCUUUUCAAACUACAGUCGAAGCUCUCUUUACGACCAUUCUCGUAAGCGUCCAGCUCUAGUUACGACCACCUUUGUGAAACCCCGUUUGACCCGUGACUGAAACUUUGUAAUGAAAAGCUUUCGUAAGAGACCGCUUUUGUAAGCGAUCGCAACCACUUUUUGGAAUCACCCAACUGGACUUUUCGUUUGUUUUAAAGCUCUCGUAAGCAACCACUCAGAGUCUUAUUCAUAUAAAUCUCAACUUUAAUGAAACUGAAUACUAUGCUAAUGGUUCGUUGAAAAACAUUUUGCACAGUGCAGUAUUGUAUUUUGUAAACGUCCAAGUUCAUCUUAGCCUGCGUGCCAACGACCACUCAGUGUCUACAUCAGGUACACGUAUCUGAGAAUCAAACCAUACCGGAGUCACCUGCGUGUCUUAAAAUUUUUUCUGAUUUUGUGGCCAUGCCUUUAGUUUGGUUCGUUUGUUUUUCCUAGGCAACCUUCUGUGGCUCGUCAUUGGGAAAACGUGCAGGGUAUCACUUUAACACAGUCGACUUUGAGUCAAUGGGAUAUCAUUUGUGUGACACUCUGUUAGACUACUGUGAUCCUGAUGAUUCGAAGGUUUGUCGUAGCUUUGAUUUCCAGCACAACGGGAUUUAAAUAAAAGAAGCAAUGUGAAUAUCUUAUCACCCACUACCCUCAAGGCUUUUCAGGAAUAAUUUUCAACACUGGUUGGGGGACGUUCUUCUAAACUGCUUAUGGUACAGUUUACAAUUACUGAAAGAAAGAGUAUUGAUGCCCCCUAUGUGAGUGUGAAUUUGAGAUUGACCACCACACCGGGGUCUUCGUCCCCUUCUCAUAACAAUAUCCAUACAAUGUCAAGAGAUUAGGUUAUGAGAAUUAAUUAAAUGAUCACCAAAGAGAAAAUGCUUUGAUCUUUUAUCAAACUCUCUCAACUUAUUCUUUAAAGAAAUGUAUAGAGAUCAGUUUGGAGAAUUCGCUUGUGGAUAUUGGGGCUUAAAGGGUUAAGAUCCAAUGACCGCAACGAGAACGUCAAAAAAGAAAUAAUAAAAGCGAAAAACAAUAGGUUUAAUAAGCAAAAUAAACAACUUUGCACGUGCAUCACACUUUUUUGUACAUUUCUUUACCGUUUUACGCCAUGAAAAUGUCUAAUUUCGCGUUUUAAAGAGAACGCAAACAAGCAACGACGAAAUUUUAUUUCUCUUUCUGAACUUGCAUAUGGUCCCCUUGAAUUCAACUUCAGGAGGGUUCGCCUGCAUUUGACGAAGUAAGUCGGUAGGAAUAGUCGCGGUGAAGACCGAAAGAACGCAAAUUCCCUUUUCAAGCGACUUUCUCGUUGCCCUCGCGUCCGUGGAUCUUACUUACGAACCGUGUGUGGGUCCUUUAUCGUCCUACGCAUAAUUUAUUAUAUAAGCAAAGGGUUUAGAGACGUGGCCUUCUUAUCCAAGAAGACUAGGAAAUCUAACCGUUUACAGAAGUCAUUAGAAAGGCAGCAACUUUCUCCUCAGCUGUUUAAAAACCCUGAGUGUUGGUUCGGCUGAUGUUUGAACCGGCGGCCUCCCGCUUGGCAGACCGGCGCUUAUUAAUUGAUUUUCAUUAUAUUGGCAACUGUGAGGCUGAAAUUGGGUCGGUGUUGUCUCGAAUUCCACCAUAGAACUGUUCACGGGACGCGUUCUCUUCUUUUGUUGCAUAUUAGGAUGUUACUUACUGUAGAAAAAGUGGCUCAAAAUUCGUCCCCCAAAACAGUCCCACAGUGCAGUUCGACGCAAUUCUUACCCAGUCUUUCGCGUAAUCCCACAACGAUUAAUUUUCUUUUCAGUACAUAACCAUCUUAAGAGAGCUGGAAUUAAAAAUGAAGGCAGAUAUUUUAGAACACAUGAAACGCAAAGGAACUGCUGCACAUAACUUGACGGAAUCCGACAUAGAUCUGGACCUUAAUUACCCAUCGGAUAUAGAAUCGAGGUACGUGAAAAGUAUAAACCCUUUAAGUUUAGUUAUGGUAAAAGCCAUUGAAAAGCCGUUUAAAAGUUAUUAGCAGAAGGCUUAAGAUAGAAUACCCUGGGAAGCACUGGAGGCCUCAGGAUAUAAUCUUUUUGUUUCCUUGUACGAUCUUUGAAAUAAUCUUUUUUACGUUUUAGCACUGGUGGUUCAGACAGUUCCGUGUCGGACGGUCUUCCCAUGCAUCUAAUUUACGCUCCUGAGGGACUGAAAUUGGUAAGUAUUUAUCUCGGUAAUGUUGUUUCAAUUGCGUUUCGUAAUCUUAUUACUUUUGCAUGCCAAUCGCAAAAACACAGACGUUCAUUGCACCACUUAGAAUUCCGAACGUAUACAUAUAGCCAGUGCGUCGCCUUAAAAGCGCGCGAAAAUGCCGGCCAGAUGUCAUCUGGUUUUGUUGGUAAAGCGGUGCCAUUUUUUGCUAGCCAAUCACAAAAGUAACCUUUCACACCCAAAGAAAUGAUUACUUUUUUCGCAUUAUCACUUUUGAAACAGUUUAAGCGAAGGAGGCCAUCUUAAUUAGUCUUUUAUUUUUUUUAGGAACCAAGGAAGAAAAAAUUAAAGACAAGAAAAGAACGUAACAAGCGACGUGCGAAAGCCAUGAAAGUCAAGGACGUGUUGUUAGCUGAUGUGGCCAAAAGAUCUGCUGUAAGUGUUGUUACAGUCAACUUCCUCUUAAAUAGAGAGCUUAAGCAACGACGACGGCGACAGCAACGAGAACGGCAAAAAAGCAAUAGGUUUAGAUUGGCAAAACAACACGUGCAUCAAGCUUUUUUGUACAUUUUUUUUGCCGUCGCUGCAGGACUACAAUGUGAAAGCGCCUACGAAGACAAAGACUUUCUCUUUCUUUUCCUGAACUUUGAUACAGUCCUUUAGAAUUCAACUCAAGAAAAACUUGCCAACAUUUGGCGAGUUAAACGAGUUGGAAUGAGCGCGAUAAAGUUUGAAGUAGGGCGAAUUCAAGGUAUUUCUUUUUUUAAGUGACGUUUUCGUAGACGUCACCGUCGUUGUUGCUUAAGCUCCCUAAUGACACCUCUAUAAAACAGACACCUCGCUAAAGCGGAUACCUAGAAGUGGUCCCGGCUUACCUUCCUCAGUUACUCCUUGGCUGACUAUCUAAACGACGCCACAGACAUCUCUCUAAGACCGUCACAUAGUGCCGGUCCCGAAGGUGUCUGUCUUAGAAAAAGCUGCCUGUAUAUAUAUUGCUUAGCUUGUCGCAAGCUUUGAAUACAGAGACAAAAAAAUAAAUCACCGACGAGAAUGUAACACCCUACUUUGUGGUUGUUGACAUUUUCCCGCUGUACUUUUAACAAUGUUUAUUGAUUCUUUUUUGCCUUUUUUACAUAUAAAUGAAGGGGAAAAAACAUCACGGAAUUACACGUAAUAUACACAUUUCAAAAGACAAAAAAUUCUCAGAAGGCGAGGAAGUCUCAAGAAGCCAUGAAGGCUUAUAGGUGAGACUUCCUCUUGACAUUGAUUGUUUAUACGUGACUUGUUCCUUGUUUCUAUUUUACCAGCAACACUAUCCACCUAAUGAAGUCAAGUUAAUGUAUCAAAGACAUCAUCCGAAGGUGAGCGUCUAAGUUGUGUUGAGAUAUCCAGCUGAAACCCCGUAAACUGAUAUCCAGACAAAACGGUUAUAAAAAUAGUCAACUUUAUAGAGGUAGAACGAUUACUGGUAACCCAGUCGUUUUAAUUGUAGAUCUCAAGUAAGAACAGAAGAAAUAUUUGAAAAUAAACUUAUCAAGGUGAACAAUCCAAACUGGCCGGAGGCAAACCAAUUAGCUAUUUUACAAGCGUGACCGAGCAGUUGAACUCCGGACUACCGAGAACAAAUCCGGCGCCUCCGGAUUGCAAUUCUAGUGCUCUAACUGCUCGGCCACGCUGCGUCCUCCAGUGAGAUAACGAGAUCCUCAAGAAAUUAAAAAUUAUAUAAUUAUAAAAUCUUGUCUUCGUAACGUUAUUAAAUCUCGAAAUUAGAGGUGACAGACUUCCUUCAGCUGUUCCUUGUCAGCAGUUGGUGAUUAACUAAUUUUGUGGUCAGUAUUUCAGCACAGCGAUCCUAUGGUGGACAGAGUCAUCGAAUGUAAACUUGUCUCCAAUUUUCUGUACUCGAAUUGGAAGCGAUUAUUCAGUUUACGCGUUGUCGCAGAAAGACGAAAGUUUGCCAGUUGCACUCAAUGGUAGAAAACCGAUUCAUUACUCUCCCCGACGACCAACCGUUGACGGAGAAGUCUUGAGACCCUGGGUGUGAGAUUGUGCCGACACAGUACAGUGGAACCGCGUUAAUACGGUCACCAAUGGGCAACAAAAAAAUUGGCCAUAUUAACGAGGUUUUUUUUGUUUUUAACGAGAAAAUGUAUGGCGGCUUUUGCCAGGCGGCCAAACAAAAAGUGACCGUAAUGACGAGGUGACCGUAUUAACGAGGUGGUCGUAAGGCGGGGUUUCACUGUAGCUCAGUGGUUAGACCGUUUGAACUAGAACUCGGAGGGUCGUGAGUGCGAUUCUCACCCGGAGCUUUCUAGUGUUAGAAAUCUCCUUCUUCCAAUUAAAUCGAUUUCUUUUAAUCUUCUCCAGCGGUCUUCUCAACCCAGUCCAGCGCGCAUGAAGAUGGACAAUCCACAGGUUCGAAAGCAUGAACACAAGGAUUUAAACAGCAGAUCAUCCACGCCUGCCUCACAACCCAGCGUGCUGAGAAUGGAUGGAAAUUCUUGUAGGGUAGGUCAGUAAUGUAGUUCCAAGAACGCUCUUUACUAAGGAUGUCUGUCAAUUUCCAAGGUGAUGAUACUUUCCCCUCCUCCUCCAUUUAAAACCCGACGGACAUUUUUUUCUUUACCUUUUCUGUAAGUCACCUAAAAAUAGUGUUCCGCUUGUCCCACAAGGGGAACGGGCUAUCCCAGGAGCUGGCUAUCCAGAGGUAAUUUAUUUUAGCACGACCUUCCGAACGAUUGCGACGUACAAGUUUGCAUUCCGCCAGUUAUUUUCUUCUGUUGUCAACUUUUUUACCACGUGUUUAUUACAGUCAAGUGGAAAGAUUAGGGUGCAUCCGGCGUGGCGACGAAAUCAAUUUCCUUUGAACUCAUUUGACGUUGUUAUUAUUGCCAACUUCCGCCAAAGGGACCGAAGACACAGAUUUAUAGACAGAAACAGACAAAGAAUUUGAGAGGAGGGGGAAUGUAGGAUAGUAUGAAUGUCCCAUCAGUUGGCCAACACGUUCUCUCCGAUGUAGGGUGUGGGGAACCCUAGGUAAUCUUAGCCUUCUCCAAAGCAGCGACAAUAUGAUGAUCAGAGUUUUUAAGGGUGAAUCAUCUCAAGGAAAACAAAGCAGUGUAGCCGCUUUUAAUAUUUUCACAGCAUGAUUACCUGGAAGCUGUGACCAGCGCUUACAUGAUGAGUGGAGUGCUAGUGACCGAGUCUAAAGGUAAAGAAGCCAUUUUUGUUGGCCAUCGUCAUUUUAUUGAAGCCACCCACUACUAGCCUGUGUACAGCCCCCAAUCCCUCAACUCCUCGCGGAAAGACUCUCGCUCCCCAGGCGGAGAGAGUGGCUGUUCACAGGCUACCCACCACCAAAGUUAGUUUGACCUUUAUCAGUUAGCGAGCUAUUUCCACUUGAAGUUUCCCCAUAGACGCGCAUCAACUUUUUGGUACUUACGCAUUCAUUUAUAAGGGCACCUCUCUAUUUUGGACAGCUGUCGCGGUCCCAGAUAUACCAAGCUUCAUACAGCUCGUACCGUCAUAACACGGACACCUCUGUGAUACGGACCUUGGCUCCGUCCCUUUUGCGUCUGUGUUUAUUAGGUUUGACUGUAUUCCACUCACAAUCUCACUUAAUGUUUUCUUUUUUCUUCAGAUGUUCCACAUUUUCGCUACACGGAUGGUAAAACAUACUUAAAGGAAACGCUGUCCCCUGAACGAAAUGACAAGUAAGCGAUUUCAUUUUGUAAUAUGAGGAGUUAAUCAUCAAAGCAGGUUUACUAUUCUACAUUUAUGAAGUGUUUGCCAUGGAACCGCAAAAAUUGCUUAAGCUACGUUCGGGUAAAGUGCUGCAAAGUUUGAUCGCGAGCAAGAUAAAUUUCUAUAGACGCAAGGAAAGUACUUAGUAGUUGAGUUUGUGUUGUUAAUGCUAUUCUUUUCACUGCUCCGAAUAAAAAUGGUAAGUUUUAUUUUCACAUUUUACUUCCCAAGUUACGCUAUUUUUCGUAGAAAAAAGGAAACCUAACAUUUUCGGAUUCAAAAAUGCGAUGGAGAGAGGAAUCAAAAACUGUCUCACUUUCGUAAUACGUCAAAUUGCAUCAAAAAUUUUUCGGGGAAAUAAUAUUCAAGCCCUUGUGAUUUCGAAAAGGCUUUAGUUCUCCUAGGAUGACCGAACAGAUACAAAUUUUAUAGCGCCGCUCAGAAUGCACCUCUAGAGAUCUAACAGUACUCUGGAUAGCCUAAAAAGUGUUUUCAAUUUCUUUGGGAGGAAACCGUCGUUGGGUGCCCCCGCUGCUUAGCAGUCGUUCCCGUAAAAGGGAAGCGUGAAAUCCGACGCAAGAGCAAAAAGGGGAGGGUAGGGUGGUUCAAGCAAACUAGUGCAGAAUAAAUUCACAGAAUAAGAGGCGAGUUACAUAGUCUGCUACACAGCCGUUUUAAGUGUCGUCACGCAACGCUCCUCCCCACAGGAUGCGUUGCGUGACGACACUAAAAACGGCUGUGUAGCAUACUACAAGUUACAAGAAGGGAGCAAAGACACCAUACCCAGAGUAGAGUACCGUUAGGAAAAUGCACUCGCCAACCAUGACCUCUUGUACCCUAUAUGUUGUUUUAUAACACAUUGUAUGGAGCUUUGUGGUUUGUGCUUCAUGUAAAUCCUGUUUUGUUAGUAUAAGUGGUUGGUCUGUGGCCAGUCAUGUGCCUCACCCUCAAGGAUUUGAAAUUAGUGAAGAAGAGGGACAUUUCACAGUGUCUUACUUGGCGAAGCAGCUGGAAAAAACGACUGGUACGUGAAAUGAAAGAAAACACGAUUAUAGCGAAAUAGUGUUUUUUCGUUUGUUUGUCUUUCCCUUUACAUCAUGUGUCAUGUGUCUACAGAAUUCAAUGUGUCUAUUUCAAGUAAACCUGAUUUGAUCAAGUUUUUUUGCCUGGUUUCGUUAAAUCCCCUCCAAUCAUGUGUGUAAGCAUCGGUCCACUGUUUGACAGUUUCAUUAAAGCAAACGAAACCAAAUCUGAAUUGAGCAUUUUUGUAGUUUUCUUAUAGAAGUUUCAAAAUUGAUAAUAAUAAAUAAUGAUAAUUUGCGUCAUUCAUGGUCAUUAGUUUUCCUUAACAAUGGCCGUUUUUAUACUAAGGACGCAUUAUCCAUGUGGACGAACUUGGGUAAACGUUUUGUAGUUCGUCUCGAUAUGCGUCUAAAGUAUAAAGACGGGCACAAGACGCAUGUUUCCAGACGAGCUACCUUUCCUAGUGCGUCGUUCAAGACGUAUUACAAAGGAUAUUUCGUCCAGACGUAUAAUGCGUCUUGUGCCCGUUUUUAUACUUGGGAUGCAUAACCAGACGAACUACAAAAUGUUUGCCCAAUUUCGUACAGACGGAUAAUGCGACUGUAGUAUAAAGAAGGCCAUAGACGCAUUAUCCGUGCGUGUGGACGGAUAACGCGUCCUCUAGUAUAAAAGCGACCAAUGUGUUAGCAUUAUUAGGUCGGAUGUCUUUGAUUUAUGGUGAAAGCAUAAACCGUAGUAACGUAUUUCUCUUAAUUUACUCAUUUUAUUUACAUCGAAAGUAGUUACAGACGGCUAUUGUUCCAAGCGUCGUGUGUGUGGAGUCCAGUGUCACAAUAAGCCCCUCAACUGUGUGCGCGGCAAGCGGUCGGGGGGAUUGGGGACUGAAAUGGGCUUGUGACAAGGCGGAAGGAACGCGAAUUAACCUCUUUCCCCUUCGCUUUCGACAGAUUAACCAUCUUCUUAAUGCGUGGACGUCAAAGUCAAGAUACACGACAACCGGUGGAAGGGAACUUAUUUCUGCGAUUUUGUUUUGUAGAAUGCACCUCUCCAGUACCGCGACUGAGUCGGAACGAAAACAGAAUCAGUUCAGCCUUGGAUCUGGCGCGAAAAAUCACUAUGUACAACUCGCGCUACAAGACAGCCGGUAUAAUAGCACAGGAGACUGAGUUUCAGCCAUCGCCAUCACUCAGACCCAGGACUCCCGUUCAACCUUAUCCUUUCUUUCCAUGGCAACCGAAGGGAGACUGCUUGUCCAGCACCAAGGUAUAAGUUAAAAAAAUUCAAGGCAACUCACGUCAUUUCGAAAAGUAAAGUACACAAUGCAUUUUUGCGCCAUGCACAGUUCCAAAGUACUACCUUGUUUCCGACUUGAUGUGACCACACAAAUGAAGGCCAGUAUAAACAGCACUUUCCUGUGCGUAUGUUUAUUAUACUCUUCAAGAUGACUCCAACGUUUGAAUGUGUAGAUGAAAUCGUAAAUUGUGACCACUCAAAUGAAAGCAACAGAGAAGUGCUUUCCUUUGGAGUCCUAAAGUGUGAAGGAUACUAAGUAGUACGUUCCUAUGGUAAUGUUUGUAAGCGGAGCACCAUAGGUGAGAAAAUUUGGUUAUUCAUGCAUCGGAGAAAUUUUGGUAGUCGCGUGACCGUACGUGCUCCGUCCUCACCACGGGAUAACCAAUGUGAAAUGACCUUUUUUAAUUUGAGUGGAAUCUUCGACCCGUGCGGUUUUAAUAACUUGAUGACAGACGUCUGUGUUACGGUCAUCUUGGCCAACCGGACUUUUAGAGAGCUAAAAAAACAACAACGAAGCUGAGUCUAUUUUUCGACUAAAUUUUAAUGUCUAUGCUGACGUGGAUAACAGAGAAAGAGCUAGAGCGAGAGAUAAAAAACAAAAGAGACAAAUUUAGAAUCACAACGUGAAAUUUUUAAAAGCGGUGUUGCCAGAAGAAAAAUGAGAAAAUAAAUGUUAGAGGCCAGUAAGGUUAAAAUGAGCGGCAGUGAAAAAGAAAGUGAACAGAAACACAAACAGUAAUUUUUGGGGGGGAGAACAUACGACGUUUCCUCCGUGAAAGAUGUAACUAGAAAGUUUCACGUUGUAGUUGUGCAACAAAAACGGCAAAGAAUGUACAAAAAGUGUGCUGCACGUGCAAAGUUGUUUUUUGCUAAUUAAACCUAGUGUUGUGGUAGAUGUUUUGUCGUUGUUGUUGUUGGUUUUUCUUUGCCGUUCUCAAUGCCGUCGCCGUUUAGCAUUACACGUUUUUAUUUUUGCUUGAGUAAAUUAUACGUUUUGUAACGAGGGGCUUCGCUUUUAGCCCCGGCUAAAUUUAUAUAUUAUGCUCUAUAAGGUGGUUCUAGCCAGGGGGGGGGGGGGCUGGCAGCGAGGUCUGGAACCGAGUUUACAUGAUCGCCCCAGUUAAGAAAUUUGGCCGAGUGAGACUGAGUACCAAUUUUCCUUCAAAACAAAUAUGGCGGAGUAUGCGGACAUGGAAAGAUGAUGAGUUUUCGCUCGGUUUUACGUUUUACGGCGUCCAAACAUCGAGAAAAGGUUUUCAUGAACUUUUCUCAUGAAAUUUUUGGACAUCAGGAGGCGUGAUGUAUGAACAGUUCAUGAGUGACUUCGCUCAUCGUGAUUCGGCACCUUGGCAAGUUCAGUUAUUUAUAAGCUUCGUGAAUUUUCGAGCGACCAGCCUCAGGGCAGCCUGCUCCAUCUCUUAUAUAUUUUUUCACGUACGGUGGUAUUAAGAACUCUGUGCCUUAUCCUAAACAUAUGCUUCGAGCUCAUUAUAUUAGUGUGAGUCUUGCAACAGUUAUAUGGGAAUGUUCAUUAAACCAAUUUUGUACUUCGCUGUUCGUAAGUUUGUUUGUACACCGGGAGCCACAACAAAUAUUUGUGGGUGUAAAUACAGAAUACAGGGCUAAUUUAGUAAAAGCCAGGUGAAAUCUUCCAAUCACUUUGCUUCACAUAUACUGGGUCUGUCAGUAUAAGCUAUUUUUAAUAUCAAAAGGCUGCAGGGAAGGGCUUAUUGAAUCUUCAAAACCUUCACUGGAAUAUCUUUUGAGUGAUAAUCAAUAAAUAGCUCCAACAGCAGUACUGUAUUUAGCAGUUUUAUAUUAGAUAGUGACUUCGGUUUUGAGUAAUUCCUUGAAAUCGUUUGUACAAAAAUUACCCCAUAGUUUUGAAUUAUACUUGAAUCUGAGUGUGGGGACAAGAGGUUAAUCCAGUUGCUAAUAAGAGUGAGUAUAUCAGAGAGGGAUAUGCUCAGUAUACAUUGAGAAAAUCCCUCCAAGGACUGAAGUACAAGAAACAGAAAAAAGAAAAUUGAAUGUUUUACAAAGUUUAUAAAGAGAAUCAGAAGGACCUUGAAAAAUGUACAACUUCAAUUGUUUGUGUAAGUUAUGAAUCUGAUUUACAAGUACAAUAAACAAGGUAAAAUUGACUUUUUAUCAACCAUCAAAAGAAGUUAUUGUCCCUUGAGCUCAAUCCCCUCAGCAGUUCUUUCUACAUACUACCCUUGGCUUAUUUGGCCUAGAUGGGUAUGUGCUGCUGAUUUAGGGUGGUGACCAUAUAUUCACCCUUUAGAGUUUUGAACAGGGUGUCUGUUUGGGCUGUGAAGGUUGUUGAAGAGCAGUCCAAAGUCACAAUUUGGGUACCAACAUUUUUUUGCGCAAGUUUUUUCCACAUUUCUAAGUUUAAAAUCUAACUUAACUCUGUAUGCAAAAUGAAGUGAAUCAGGAUUACAAAAUAAGGUCUCUUGACUUAAAAAGGGUAGGGAAAUGAACAAUGCUACUACCCAUACUCUCUUUUAGUGCAAGCCCAGGAAGUGGAUCUCACAUUUUAAUACCCUUUUACCGCUUGUUAUAACAACAAAGUCAGUGAAAGUUUAUGGUACAUGUAUCUGGAAAAUGUUUUUGCCUGCCUUAACACAAGUUUCUAACUGUUAUUGUUGACUACAAGUAAUAUCAUCUUAAUAAUCAUUUUACAUUUUUUCCAAGACAUCCUUUGGUGUUUUGCAUAUCCACUGGUACAAGGUAAUUUUUAAGUUGAGAGGGUUUGAUUUCAUUAACUACAUUUUUAUACAGACACAAACUAACCUGGCAGGUUGAUGUCCAAAAGUGUAAAAAAUUACAUGCAACUGUAUGGCAAAAACUAAUCACCGUGGCCAAAGGAAAGGCAAAAAUAGAAAUGUCAUCAUUUUCCUGACUUUAUACAUUCCCUUGGAAGCAUAUUUAGCCAGAUGUAGUCCUUGUCAAAACAUGCAAACUUGAAGAUUUAUUUUCUGAACUUAGCUAAUCUUUUUUAAACCAUAAUCUUGUUCCAAGGGGUGGUGUAGUUUGUAAAAUUUAUAAUUUUUCCCUCUUUUUUUGCAACAAAACACACUUGAAUUAGGUCUUAAACUGAAGGCAGUGUAGUAACUGCUGUCAUGAAAAGAGAAUUCCAAACACACAAGAUAAUUACCCUUUCAUCUACCUAAGAUUCAUUUGUUAGAAACUACCCGCCACGGUAAAGUUUAAAUUAAAUCGCACGAAGAAAAGAACUUAAGCAUAUCAACAUGUGCAAAAUCAAGAGAGAAUGAUCUCUUGGCAAAAUUUAUUUAGCUUCUCGUACAUAAAGAAAUACAUGAACUACGAGAUUUGACCAUGCCACUCAAUCAUCCAACGCAACUCUGCCAUAAUAAGUUCACAAUCAAGAAUGUAGAACUGAGAAUCUCAAUCAUCAUUUCUCGUCGUCUUAAAGGUGUAGUGAAGCCGUAAACAACUCUCAGCUGAACUCUGACAACUCUUCUACUCAACCACAUACCAGCACCGCACUUUUUUUAAUACCACGAAGAAUUAAUUUUGGGCCUUUCCAUUGAAAAUAUAAACUCUUCUACAUACGUAUUGGAGGGUUGGCCCUUCUUUUACUCUUGCAAUUCGUGGGUCGUCUAAACAGAAACGAAUCAUCAAAAGGUCGGGCAUCGAGAAACAUGUUCACUGGUCUCGUUCUUACCGUAGUAAACCGGGCGACAUUUAAUGACAAACGCGAGACCAGAAGAAAGGAAAAGGUAAGCUCCACAUUACCGAGGAACAAAACGAAGAAACCAAUGACCAACGGGACCAAAAGCAACUUCACUUCACACUGCCGAAUCGCUGCGAAAAAGCUUCUAAGACGAACUUGUUGUUUUCCCAACCCGUUCCGCGCAUGCUCGCUACAGUUUUCGGAUGAUUGACAGAUUUCUUAACUGGGGCGAUCACGGAAAGCCGAAAAGCGGCAAGAUCAAAGGCCGUUGCCAGCCCCCCCUGGUUCUAGCUUUUGAGUCCAUGGAUGAGUGACCAUUCAAUGUUCCGUGCAGUGCCGGUUAUUAUGCUUAACAAGCCUCUCCUAACAUUGUUGUGUGUGAAUAAAAUCCUAAGUGGUGACUGAGUGUACUUAUUCUCUUCUGCUGGUCUUUUUUUUGUAGGCACGUUUGUAUGAACCCUCGAAGCCUGCGAAGGAAGCGGAAGUGCGAAAAUCCUUGUCUCAGAUGUCACUCGAAGAAAAGAAAACAAAAAAAGAUCAAGUUUUAAAAAUCUGUCAAAGAAGAAAGCUGUAUCCGUUGUUGUAGAUGAGGGAACAAGUUUGCAAAAAUCUAACAACGUGGGACACGAAAAACGAAGGUAUUAUUUGCUAACUCAAGCGCUAGCCUCAGGGAAACAUUCUUAGAACAUUUGUUGUGAGAGUGUUCUCGAUCGAGCGUUUUCGAAAUUUCUAGCUUUACACGUUGUGGUCCCCGUAAAAUGUUUGAACUUACAGAAGCAGUUUGCACGUUCAACCUUAAGCCCAGUUGACCUCAAAUCUAAUGAAGUUAAAAUGUUCAAUCAAUGUUUUGCUGUCAGACGGGGCCAGGGUCUGGAAUUUUCUACUGGCUGCUAUAAGCACCACACUGGCUACAUUGGGAGGAACGAAAAGGAAAAUAGAAUAUCAGAACUUCUAAACUGUUCAAUAUCCAAACCUCUAAUUGCAUAUAACCAGCCCUGUGGUACCAUUCUAAAGUACUGCAAAAGAUUCCGAGGACAGACAAAGGACGUUCGCAUUUUAAUCUUUAAUAUAUUACCUUAAGUUCAACAGCUUGGGCCCAAAACCACCUCUCAGGCUUUGAAGAAUAGUAAACUGUCCAUGACACAGUUGAAUGCACUGGACAGUGCGCACGCUCAACCACAGCCAUUGGUAGGACCCAGGCCCAUGAAGAAAUACACGGGCAAUGGUCACGCGCAAGUUAACAGAAACCCUACUGGCUUGGUUAGUUAUUAAUGUUUUUCGCUUAAUACUUGGUCCCUGUAUGCUGUGGGCAUGCCUUCAUGCACGUAACAGAAAGCUUAAAGAAGCAAGGACAAUACCAUAUAGAAGAAUUAACCUAUCGCAAGAGACUAUAAAGGGGACAGAGAGGGCAUCCCCCAUAUACAUCCUAUUCCAUAGGUAAUUCGUCUCGAGUUAUUUUUAACGCUACAGAUCUCAAGGGGGAUUAGACAACAGCCAAUCACAUAGCGCGAAUGUGUUCCGCGUGGAUGACCCACGCUGAGAGCCACGCGUCCGUCACGAAAACGACUAUAGAGAGAUUUCUGCGAAAGCUGUGUCAGCGAAACCGAAAUUAAAAAAGAAUCGCCCUUCCUCUCUUGUAUUGAGCUAACAGUAGAGCAGGGAAAUCCUUAACACACUGAAUAUUCUCUCAGGAUCAUUUAUAAUUUACAGUUUGAAGAGAGCAAUUUCUGGUUUGAUGUUUAUUUUUUUUCAGUCUUUAUAGCGAUUAUUCCUACCCACUUACUUUGUCAAUUGAAGGCGAACCCUCCUAAAGCUGAAUUUCAAGGGACCAUAUUCAAGCUCAGAAAGAGAAAUAAAAUUUCAUCGUUGCUUAUUUACGUCCUCCAUAAAACGCGAAAUUAGGCAUGUUCACGUCGUAGUCGUGCAAAAACGGGAAAGAAAUGAACAAAAAAGUGUGUUGCACGUGCGAAGUUGUUGUUUUGCUAAUUAAACCUAUUGUUUUUUUGACGCUCUAGCUGUCGUCCGCGUCGUUGGAUCUUAAACUCCCUAAAUUGUACAAACGAACGGUUUCAAUAGACCGGCGAAAUUUCUCAUUUUAUUAAAGCAUUGAGGUUACGACAACUUCGAGUUAAACUGAUUUCACGGGUUGUCAAAGAGUCCAGCGAUUCCUUUUUCCCAGGUGAGCGCCGACUCAUUUCGCUUCAAUAUUCAGGAAUGCUCUCGAUCUUUUUACGCUUUCAUUGCCUCUCGCCCGACAUGUUUUGCACGGCGUUUGGUCAUGCGAAACCUCCACGAAACAUCCACGCCUCGCGCGAGGUAACUUUAUCCCGAUUCUAAAAAUAACUCGAGACGAAUUACCUAUGGAAUAGGGUGUAUAUUGGGGAUGCCCUCUCUGUCCCCUUUAUAGUCUCUUGCCUAUCAAGAAUAUAAACGUGGAACGUGAUUGAAGCCUACCAGUGCGGUAUAGCUGCUUGAAUCUUUUUAAAGCAAAAUAUAUCUUCAUUUUCCUGAUAUAAUUUAAGUCAAUUUAUCUUCACCACCUUUGGCUGUUUUUCCCUUGUUUUAAGAACAAAAACUACCGUACGUCAACCAGAACGUCGAAAAAAGCAAUACGUUUAAUAACCAAAACGACAUCUGAAAAAGUGACACUUUCUUGGUUCAUUUCUUUACCGUCACUUAAAACGACGACGUAAAAAUGCCUUAUGAGGCGUUGUAUAGAGAACGUGACUAAACGGCGACGACUAACUUAUUUUGACUUGAUAAUGACGUUCAGCUAACGUCGAAACGUCGUCGCUUUUUAGCAAUUUUUUAAUCUUAAAAUGAUUUUAAGAAAUGUUUUAUCGCAAUUUUUUAUAGUUAAAUGAAUUUUUGUUUAGGGCUGUUUAGAUCCUUGUACCAGGAAGAUCGUAGAAGGCGGAACAACUUUUUGUUGAGUUUACACGCAGAAAUUUCAGUCUUGUGGUCCCUAAGUAGAGAAGGAUUUAGAAGGAAUUAAAAAUAGCGUGUAACAAAAAACAGAAAUGCAAUUUGGGCCCUUCUGCUCUCUUUACUGACCUUAAUUACCACCUUUCAGCAGCUUUAUCACAAUAAUCAGUUCGUGGUAACGCCAAACGAAAUGAUCGGCCUCCAUUGCCGUGAUUAGCCAGUGAACGACCCACCGCCAUUUUUGUCUGAUUUGUCCCUUGUACCUGGAUCUUCGUAGCAUGGUGCUAGGAUCGUUCAGCAAAGGAAGAUCCUAGCGCUUGGGACAAGUAGAACCCAUUGCAUGUAAACCGAAUACAGAAAACAUAUGGUCCUAGGAUGAUCCGCCUUCAAGGGUCUUCCUUGUGCUAGGAUCUUUCUCCCAGCAUGAAAACAGGCCCUUUCUCUUUUUGAACUUGGGUAUGGUUCGUAGAGAUUCAACUCCGGGAGAGUUCGACUUUCAUUUGUCAAAGUGAGUGAGUUGGAAUAAUCGCGAUCUCGUUUCAAAGAACGCGAAAUCACUUUCGACGUUCCGUCGUGGUGUCCUAAACGCUCUGGCCCUGGUUGCUCGAAGCAUGGUUAGUGCUAACCAGCGUUAAAUACCAUGGAAACCUAUACAUUUUGAUACCUCUUAACCAACGGUUAGCGCUAACCAGGCUUCGAGCAACCGGCCCCUGUUGUUUUUGGGAGUGAAUGGGUUUAAGGAAGAUGUGCACAGAGAUGUGGAUAACAUACAAGAGCGAGAAUUAUUUUUUUAGAAAUGGUUAGACGUACACUUAAAAGAUAUAUUUUGUUUCUUUUUGUUGCAGACCCCGAGCGCAAUUGAUAAAAUCAACCCUCCUUUAGCAAAGUUCAAUACAAACGUUAGAGAAACAACUCGUUUUACCAGUAGCAAUCUGUCUGUUGUCAGUGGUCGCCAAUCUCCCGUAUAUGUAGCUGUCCCAGUCGACAGACCGCCGGUAAAAGUUAAACCCAAGAUGCACGCCUCUGAGCAGGAUACUAUAGAUAUAUCAACAAUCAAUGAACUGAGGAGCAAACUGAUUGAUGUCUCCAAUUCAGGGUGAGUCCAGCUAAAUCGUCUGACUCUCCCCAGGCUUCAGUGCGCAAGGCGACUAAAACGAGUGCUCCUGAGGUCAAACGCAAAGAUACUUAUUGACCAAGAGUAAAUCGUCUUGCAUCAUUCUCUUUCAUAAACAUAAACUUGUUGAUAAAACACUCCUUUUUCUUUUUUUCUUUUAAGAGAAAUCUCUCCCAGGUCAUUUUUCGGAACUAAAUGGCGAGAAACAAUUUUUGCAAGAUUUAAAGAACGAAAAUAAUAAUAAUAAUACAAUGCUGUUUUUUUUCUGUUUUUGCUUUUUUUUUUCAGAACGUUGGUGACAUACGCUUUACAGAACCAAGAAGAGAGGGAAGAGGUAGGUAGAAGUGGCAGCUCAAAAGUAAAUUUCUCUUGAGCACCAAGUAUUUUUUUUACUUCGUAUCAACAGAAAAAAUAUUAUGCUCAAACUGUAGCAAGUAAAUUUAGUAAUGUCGACAAUCGUUUUUUCUCUUGACAGCUUGGUCCAAACAGCAGUGGAAGUGACAGAGACCAUGCUCCAGGCAAUGUUACGCGGUGGAAAGGGGACGAGCCUAAUUGUGUUACCAUGGCAACUGGUGUAAUUCCCUGGGAAGACAAUAGCUUACAACAUGUUGGCUUUGUCACUGGAAAACAUGGCCAGAAGUCUCAAUCCCCUGUUACCACAACUGGUAAGUAAAUAACGAAGUAGACUGUCGCACUGGAGUGUUACUUGGGAAAACAGAGAGCUUAAGGAGCAACGACGGCAACGAAAAUGUCACUUAAAAAGUGAUUUUGGCGCUGCUUCAAACUUCAGCGCGCUUAUUCCAUCACGUUCAAUUCGUCAAAUGAUAUAUCGAAAAUCAGGGAAGGAAAAAGAAAGUUGUUUUCUUGUGUUCACGUUCUCCAAAAAGCAAAAACUAGGCACUUUCACGCCGUAGUCGUGCAGUGACGGCGAGAAAUGUACUCAAAGGCGUAGUACACGUGCAAAGUUGUUGUUUUGGUUAUCUAAACCUAUUGCUUUUUUGCUGUACUGUGUUGCUCUCACUGUAGUCGUUGCUUAACCUCCUUAAUAUACACUUGUAAGUACGGUGUAUAUUCUGUCUCAAUAGUCCUCUAAUGUAGCAACUGAGCUCCAGUUGGUGUUUGGGAGGCUGGAGGCAUCGUUUCGGUUGUUUGUUCAAUGUUCCCUGAAAGCCAUUUAUGUGAGACCAUGAGAGAGCUGUUGCAUUACCCUGACGAAAGGAACUAUAGUAAAAAGCAAUUACGGUAAUUUCACGAUUUCCUCAUUCUGAAUCUGGAUGUUACUAAACGGAAACUUAGCAUAGGAAAGCGGAAAUGAGAACGAGACAGGAAAUGGGUAGUUAGGUUAGUGAUAAGGCUUUGGUUUAGUAUGGUUAGGUUUUGUCCCCAUAUUUAACUUUCCUAUCCAUGAUCGUUCCAUUUUCCCCGUUCCCUGUUUUAGUAGCAUUUUUUGUGACCCGUGGAACAUGAUUGAACGCAUAAUAGAUUUUCUGAGUUUUAAAAUUCCAGUCGUAUUAGAAUCACUGAUCACCCCCUUGGUCAAUUGUAGGGGCGAUAUGAUCGUUUCUGUCGUUAAGCACCAGUGUCCUUGGAUAAAGAAGCUUUUUUUUGUUUCAUUUCUUUAGGAAUAGUACAAAUUGGAAAGGGUUUGGGAGAGGAGGAACUCAUUUCUGGUAACUCUAAGAAGUCAACUACACGUCAUAAAACCUCUGAAAGUCCCACUAGGAAUCAGGAAUCAGGUUUGCUCUUCAUUGCUUGCUAGUUUCUAAAGAAUUACUGAACAUAUUCCACUAUUUUAUUACUCUGUUAGAGCAUCUAUGCUAAUUUUGAAAGCGGAGCUCUUUUGCCAUUUUUUUGUGAGCGUAUCUUUGCAUUUCAGAUUAUAACAGCGCGUACUUGCCUUGCCAGGUGCUGCGCCAUCGACUAUUUCGCUGACUUUUCAGUUUAGUUCUGGCGUAUUUCCUCAAGAAAAAAACUCUUCGCCGCCGCAAAGACCACCUGCCUUACCACCACAGCUGAAGAACUUUUUCAGACCACACGGAGCUCCACACAGAUAGUAAAAGCUAGGACAAGUUUCUUACCCCCACAAUCUUCGGGCAAGCUAUGGUCAACUCGUCCAGCGACUAAUUAGGACUCUGGAAUUACAUGGCACAAUGGACAAUGGACAGGAAAUUGCGAGUGGUUUCUUGUUUCAUCAAAAUCUCGUGUUUUGGAGUUAUUGUAACUCUUUUGGCAAUUGUCAUCAACUGAUGCCAGUGUCCGUGCGUUCGAACAAAUUGACAUUAGGACCUCUUGUUGCUUUGUGAGCAUUGAACCCACCCAAAUCGAGGAAGAGAAAUCGAGUUGAAGAGAGCUCAAAUCCUUACUCUGACCCAUAACACUCGGUAACUGCGGCUCUCCCGAGUAGAGGAAAGUUCAAAAAUUUAUGUUUGUGUCCUGCGAUGACAUUUUUAUAGGUCAAUUCAAUUUUACUCCAAUCCUAGGGUCAUUAAUUUAUUUUUAGUCUUCUUUCAUCAGAUUAUAAAACCAAUUUUAACACUAAUGUGCCUCAUUAUUGGGUUUUUAAAGAGACAGUAUCACGAAAAUUGGACAAAAGCAUUCUAACCAACGAUGCAAGACUAAAAUGUUCUUCUUUUGUUGAGAAGUUCUUUACACCACGAAGAUUCAAGUUUGUUCGUUCCUUCGUUCGUUCAUUCAUUCACUCGCUCACCCAUUUAUGCAUUCAUUGAUGCUUUUUUUUUUCUACGGAGUUACUUGAAAAUUACGUUCUAAUGUGGGAGGUGCCGCUUGCUUAAGACAAUUAUGAGUACUUUCUCAUGACUUAAACAACUUUAUAUUAGAAGAAUCCUGUGAUGAUCCCCCUAUAAGCUCUCCGAACAAAACUCUUCCGAACGGGUUGACGGAAACGACAGAUGACAAAAAUGAAAACAUAUCAAAUGAAACAGAUAAGUCAUUAAGAAUACCAAAAAGGCAUAUGGCCAAAUUAGGGGGUUUGCAACUCUAACUGCCAACUUCACACUGUCUAGAAAGGUACAUAAAUUAUUACUUCGUUGUUGUCAUUAAUUUAAUUAUAAUUAUAUUUUUGUAUUGUUGGUCGAAGUGGUUAAGCUUUCUCUUGACGUGAAUAAAGUGAAUACGCUUUGUAGAAGCUUUGAUGACGAAGAUGGUCGUUGCAAGCUCUCCCUUUU